ACCCGGGCACCACUUGUUGCUCCAUCUAAUGAGGUAUAACCAGCAAUCUUUGCAUAAUUCUCAUAAAGUCCUGUCAUCUACAAAUGUUUCCAGCACAACAACCACAUCCAAAUUAUGUGUUCUCUCACUCGCGUAAUACCUGAAAAAUAAAAUUUUGUAAGUGCUUACUGGUAAUCCUUUAUUCCUCUUAUUUACAUAGGUAAAAUCUCGCAAGGGAAACUGCAAGCACGUGAAAUAAAUGGUAAAAUAUUAGAAUGGAUAAAAUGAUGCAUAGUAACCCCUCCUCAACAGGAAGUACAAUAUCUGCUUUGAAGAAAGUUCAAUACAAAUUGACAAAAUUUGCAUUGAAUUUUGAACUAAAAUUCUCAAUCGACUACAUCGACUCAUCCCCAUAAGUAAAUCGACUCUCUUCCCAACAAUGGUUGAGAGCCUAACACUAUGAACAUACAUGACAGGGCUGGCCUCAUUGAAUCUUUUAAAAUACUGAACAAGUUUGAAGAUAUUAAUCUAAACCAUUUCUUUAAAAAGGUUAUAUGGAAUGCUUUCAAGGGGCAACAGUUUUAAGCUCAACAAGCCACAAUGUGGAAAAGAAAACAGGAGAUGCUUUUUCACCCAUACAACCCAUGAAAUAAUAAACACGUGAAAUUGCCUGACCACCGAAGCUGUAAAUGCCAAGACAUUUUGUUUCUAAAAUUCAACGGUAAAAUUUUUUUUAGGAACAAUGGGGGGGAUUUUUUCCAGCUACCUGUCCCAUUUGCGCCCACUAAAAAGAUGUUGGUCCUCGGGUAAAUUCAGGGACAGAUGAGCAGACUUACUGUUUUAUUCAAGCAAGAGCCCGUUUGAAGAUUCACAGUAAUGAAACUCCAGAUUAUGUGUUUCAAUCAAUAAUAGAUGAACUGGGUUUGACAGGGCAAGUUAAUCCCAAUCAGGCUCGUAGGUACUGGGAUUCUCUUGUAACUAGAUAUAAGGAACUAAGCCAACCUGCCCUAGAGCCUGAAGAUGCAGCUCCUCCAUCAUGGCCCUUCUAUGCCGCCAUGCAUGAUGCACUUCUCACUAUGCCACCGUCGGUACUCCCAAUUUCUGUUGCUGAUGAAAUUGAGGCAUCGGUUGUGAAGGCAUUCCAUGGAGGACAUGGUAUGGAGGAAGACUAUGAUGAUGAAGAGGAGGAGGAUGAAGAAGAGGAAGAGGAGGAAGAAGAGGAGGAGGAGGAGGAAGAUGGCAUUAUAGAUGAAGAUGAAAAUAUGGGAGAAUGUUAUGAAGAUGAAGAUUCUCAAGAUAUGAAUGAAUCACAAGGUGAUGAAAAUUCACAAGAGAUGGAUGGUGCAGACAUAGAUGACACAUGGACAGAGACCAGAACCCUUCGUUUUAUUGAACUUCGAGGAGCCAAAGAAUCAGACAUGGUGGCGCUGGGACCUACUCCUGUGUUUGGUGAGAUCUUAGAAGAGUUGGGCAUGUCAGAGGAAGUAACCGUUGCUGAAGCUCGUAAAAAGUGGACACAGCUUGUUCGCCGAUACUUGGAGCUUAAGGGUCCAGAUGUUGAAGAUCAUAAACCUGCAUAUGGAAACAGUCCAAGCCUCAUUUCUGGUGAUACUGUAGAAACAGGAUGGUUAUUUUUUGUCCCUAUGCACUCUGUCAUGGAGUCUAUCAAGGCAACAUCUCCAGAUGGAGGCACCAAGGCACGCAAGUCUCCAGAGUACACUUGGUCUGUUGAUGUCACGAGGAAAUUUAUUAAGAUUCGCGGUGAGAAACAUACUGAAAUAUCACAGAAAGGCCACAAUGCAGUUUACCAGGAUAUCCUGGAGAAGCUUGGAAUUGCCGACAGGGUCAGUGUGAUGAUGGCUCGCAAAAAAUGGAACUACUUGGUCAAGAGAUAUCAGGAUGAAGAGAUGGCAGGAGGAGAGCGCACCUGGGCUUUCAUGAAGGAAAUGGGGCAAGUUAUGAAGCAUUUCCGAGGUGCUAAUGUCAAUAAGCUUAAAUCCCGAGCAUCUCCAGAAUUUUUAUGGCCUAAUGAACUAACCAGAAGAUUCAUUGAACUACGAGUUUCUCGACAUUCAGAUUUUUUGGAAACGGGAAUUCAGACAACCUACACGGAAAUUAUGGAGGAGCUGGGGCUGGAGCAUAUUCUCAACCCUAACCAACUACGGAAAAAGUGGAAUUACCUUGUUGCUAAAUAUAAGGAACUCUCUUGUACAACUGGACCAGAUGGAACUAGUCCUGCACCUCACUCUUGGCCAUUUUAUGAUGACAUGCAGCGCGCUAUUCAGCAGAUUCCUGAAAGUGCUGUGCAUGGGAACCGACCUGUUAGAAAUAACUUUGAAAAUAUUUGGACAAGAGAUGUAACUACAAGAUUUAUUCAGCUUCGUGGUGCAAGGCCUCCUGAUAAUACUAAAAAAGUUUCAUCUGUAUUUGCAAAUAUAGUGGAUGAAUUAGGACUAACAAGUGUGAUCACUCCCAACCAAGCCCGCAAGAAGUGGAAUUAUCUCUGGAGCAAGUACAUUGACCUGAGCCAUCCAGAAAUCAGUGAAUACACUCGUCAGUCUUGGCCCUUUUAUACUACCAUGCAAGCUGUGGUUGGUGCCCUUCCACUCUCACAGGUUCUAACAAAAAAAGGCCUGGCAGAUGACUUUGAAGAGGAGGAAGAUCCUCAAAAAAAGAUAGUGAAGCGCACAAGACAAUACACUUGUUUUGUCUGUGGGAAGACUGGCAAGAUCCUCAAUGAUUUUUUUAUGUAUGAACAUGACCAACGUCUUCUUUACACUCAAAAGACUGUCUUAGAAGUCAUCAGCCAUUUGGUUAGUCGAAAAAUGAUUAAUAUGGAAUCUAAUACUUGUCUUUGUUCAGGCUGUACCAACCUUGUCAAUGAAGCUGAUUCUGUAAUCCAGAGACAUGACAGAAUAAAGGAAAUGGUACAAGAACUUUAUUACAGUGGUAUUGCACAGGCUAAAGCAGAACAGCAGCAGCAGCGCUUUUCUCGCAGUACAGCAGAAGAUACUAGUUCAGAAGAUGAAAAAGAGAUUAAACAGGAGGAAAGAGUAACUUACAGUCAAAGAGGAAGAAAACGUAAAGCUACAGUUUUGGCAGAUGAUACAGAAGUUAAGAUAAAGACAGAGCCUCUAGAUGAUGGUUUUGAGAGUAUUGAAUGUGAUGUUGACUUUGAUGAUGACUCAGAAGAUGAGCGCAAAAGAAGAAGAACACGGGGAAAGGCUAGGGGUAGGGGCAGAGGAAGAGUUCGAGGAAGGGGGCGAGGUAAAGGUCGGCCAGCAACAAGAUCUACUCUCAUUGGUCGCGGGUUGGGUGGUCAGUACCCCUCAUCUAAUAAAAGGAAGAUUUUACCUUAUAAAGGCCCCAAAAUAUAUCAUUGUGCUGAAUGUGACUCUGAAUUCAAGAAAUAUACUGAUCUCAUUACUCAUAAAAAAGAAGUUCAUACUGUAAUUGAUAAUACUCCUCUUGAAGUUGAAGAAACUAUUCUGGAAAAUGGAGUAAUUACUUACUUUAACAAAGGUAAAGCAAAUAACUCGGAGACCAGCCAUCCAUGUAGGGAAUGUGACAAACACUUUCUUCGUAAGGAUGACUUGUGGUAUCAUCAAGAAAUAUGUCACACUGAAGGGAAAGGAAGGGCAAAGAAUGCUUUUAAAGAUAGAACAUAUGCAUGUGAAGAGUGCGGCGAGACUUUCCUUUUCAAGUAUAAACUUAAAAUGCAUAUUAAUAGCAAGCACCUGAAUGAUACUGGCCAAAAUGCCAAUGAUUUCACUUGUGGGGAAUGUGGAUGCAAGCUAGGCAGUCUCCCAGGUCUUACAUUCCACAUGAGAAAACAUCAUAAUAAAAGCCUCACAUAUCGUAAAACUACUGAGUAUUUAUGCAGUGAUUGUGGCUUCAUGGCUCCAUCCAACAAGAAGUUAAGAGAACAUCAAGAAGCCCAUUGUGGUUCCUCCACAAAACCCAAAGUUCAGUGUGAGAUAUGUGGCAAAACUGUCUUAAAAGUGUCCCUAAAAAUGCACAAAGUAAAAAUGCAUUCCGAAUUUAAAGAACAAUGUGAUAGGUGCGGUGAGCGAUACGCGACAAAGACAGACCUAUUGCGACACAUUAAUGUUGUACAUCUCCGUAUCCUUCUUUAUAAUUGUCAGUAUUGUGGUGAACGCUUUGCCACCUCAGAUGCCCUUCGAUAUCAUAGAGUUAAGAUGCACGAAAAACCAUCCUUCUAUUGUCAGAUUUGUGGUAAGUGUUACAAAAGGGUAGGUGAACUUAAUACACAUAUUAAGCGUGCUCAUAAUGACCGUAGGAAGGCAGAGGUUUGUAGUUAUUGUGGCAAAGAGUACUAUGAUCGUAGCAAGCUGCGUAACCAUUUGGUGAGUAAACAUAAUGUUCCUCAGGAAAUGACAUACUCGGAGAAUUAUUUACGUAAAAAACGUGUUGAUGGACUUCCUUUAGCUAAGCAUAUGGAGAAACGGGUAGGUAUGGAUCCUAAAAUGCCACAUAUGACCCAACCUGGAGUUGUCCAUCAGCAGCCACAACAAAAUCAGCAACAGCAGCAACAACCGCAGCAGCAACCGCAGCAGCAGCAACAGCAGCCGCAGCAGCCACAUCCUCACCAUCAUAGUGUGGUUCCACAACACCAACAACACCCACACAUGCGACCAGUGGUAGAUGAGGCAGCUGAGGCUGCUCGCAAUCUUGGGGCAUACCAAGAGAUUACUGCUACAGAGGACGACAAUUCUCUAGUUGUGACCGAGAUCACAGAAGCUCCUGCUCCAGUGGAACAAACUGUGCUGGUAGAUCCUUUAAGUGUGCCUCAGGGUAUGAUGCAUCAUCCACAGGUUGCCCACAUGCAACCACCAAUGCCCAUGCACCACCCAAUGCAUCAGCAAAUGCACCAUCAUGCAGCCAUGUCUCGUCUUGGUGUACUUUAUCAUAUGAACAUGCCUCAUCCUGGUCCAUCACACAUUAACAUGUAGGCUCCAAAUUAGUUGGUUAAACAUUAUGACUAUACAGUACAGUAUUUAAAUAAUAGUGAACUUUAAAAUAUAAACAAAUUUUAGUGCCAAAUUUUCUAAGCUAAACAAGGGUUUAAGAAACUGGUUUUAAUUUUGGAAUAUACCAUAUAAGACUAUCAUGAAAAUAUAAGACUUUAAGCAAAGGCCCAAAUAAUCUUGUAACUCAAUGGCUUCACAUACAGUACAUAGAAAUAAAAACACUGUGUGUCUCAUACUAAACAUCUUACAUUUUGUGUUGAGUUAUACAGUUCUAAAGGCAUCAAAACUUCAGUUGUAUAGGUAUAUUAGGACAGUAUAUAACUUUUUUUUGUUACAUUAUAUUUGAAGUGAAUAUAUACCACAUUAUGUACACUGAAAAACUUUAGUUCCAGUGCUAGGCCAAAUUUGACAAUACAGUAAUAACAGUAUACAUUGCUGUGUGUGUAGUCGUGUAUGAGCAAACUAUUAAGUGUGUAAGGUAUGAAUUAUGUAUACUUGGUUACAUAGGGAUUAGAUGAAACUGUAAAUGGUUCCUUAUACACGAUUUGAAUGCAAGAAACUGCCAUUACGUGAAUCCUUCCAAGAGAUAAGGAAUAAGAAGUAUCUUGCCUAUUAAGUGAAAACACAAAAAUUAUACAAUAUCCAGUUAAACUUUCUUUAUGUUGCGCAUUAAAUUCAGGGUUCACGAGCUGUGAUUAUUGCCGAGGCAAACCAUACAAUACUGACCGAAAUAAUUUUGCAUUAAUUUGAGGUUUAUUGAAGACAUAAUUAUUAGUAGAUUUCUUUGUGUAUGUGUAUCCACAUCCUUAAUUGUAUGUGUGUAUAUGCAUUUUCUUCUGCAAUGCUAAUGCCCGAGGCAUUAAAAGUCAUUAUUAAUUUAUUCUUACAUUACUCUUUAGAAGAGCUAUUGGAACUUUUCUGACCCAGCAUUUAUUUUAGUCAAGUAAUUGGUUCUACAAACAGCAUGGGCACCUUUACCUGUGCAAAGCCAGCUUCACCAGUUUUAGAACCUAUAAAUAAUGCCAUAAUUAACACUUCCGUGCAACUGGGACCAAUUAUGCAUCUGUAAUUUUUCUCACGUUGUUAGCCGGGGACACAUGUCGCGUCCCAAAUUAAAAUGUGUUAAAAUUCUAAUUUAUAUCUGAUCAUUGUGUGACUGGUUUUAAAAUGAGUACCCUUAGAUUGCAGACAAUUUGAUACUAUAAUGAAUGAUGUAGCACGACAAUUGAGGUCAGAACACCGGAAAGAUUAUGAAUACUUUUGUGUUGAUGAGCGUCAAAAAUUAAAAAUAUUUGUUAAAAUUCUAGUUGUUGUUUGAUUAGUAUAGGACUAGUUUUCUAAUGUACGCCUUUAUAUUGUGAACAACUUGAUAUCAAAACGAACAACGUAACACGAAAAUUGAUGUUAUUAAACUGAAAAGAGUACACACAUUAGGUUGCGGGUGUGCCAAUUGGUGCUCGCUCACGGAUAACACUUGGCUGACUUUCAGCUUUGCUGUGGGGAGAAUCACGCUGGGCUUUUGGACCUUAUAUGCAUGUACCCCUGUAGGGAAUUCGAUUGCGAACACAUUGAUACCAAAAGGAAUGACGCAGCACGCAAAUUAAGGUGAGAAAACUGAAACGAGUACAGUAUACACAUUUUAGUCUAGUCGCGCGUUGACGAGAAACGCCGAGUGCACACUUAGGUAGGCUGAGGCGCGCACGCUGGAGGCGUGAAAGUGUUAAGUAUUACAUUAGGUAUGGAAUAUUUACAUUUUUAAAUUGACAUUGAAUGACAUUGAUAUUUGUUAUCCACUUUCAAAGCAGAUUGAAACAAAUUUUUUUAAUUUUGUGUGAAAUGCUGUAGUAGAGAUGUUAAACAGUGAACUGAACUAGAUUUAAACAAAGAAAUUUUGAAGAAAUUUUGUAGAACAUAAUAUCAUGUGAAGAUGUAGGAGUAUAAAAAUGAGCUAGCAGUUGAAUUUAUAUGAAGUAGAGAGAAAGUUGGUAUAGUGACAAAAUGGGAUGAAAGGACAGCAUGAAAGGAUAAAGUAGUCAUGAGAAUGGAUCUCGUUAAUGGAUUAGGGGUCUGAUAGCCGAGUGGACAGCUCUUCGGAUUCAUAGUCCUGCUGUUCCGGGAUCGAUCCCUGGUGGAGGCGGACACAAAUAGGCAAAGUUUCUUUCACCCUGAUGGACCUGUUCAUCUAGCAGUAAAUAGGUACAUGGGAGUUUGACAGCCACUACAGGCUACUUCCUGGGCUGUGUAACAAAAAGGAGGCCUGGUCGAGGAUUGGGCCACAGGGACGCUAAGUCCUGAAAUCAUCUCGAGAUACAGUAUCCUUAAGAUAGAGACAAAACUUGCAUGCCUGGAUAUUCCACUAUUGUGAUUCACAUAAGAAAAGGCUUUGUCUUUUCCCAUUUAAUUUUGUUGCUGUAUGUCAUGAAAUCAGAAGUGAUGAACAUUAUUUGUCAUUAAUACAGAACAUAUCUAUACAGCACUGCGUUAAGGAAAAAUACAUUUUCUUUUAAUACUGGACAAGGAUAUUUCCUUUACAUGCAGUAUAUCAUAUUGUUGAAAAUACAAUUUAUUAAUACAUUGCUCUGAGACAGUACUCUUGCCAAGAUAUUGCUGGGUGGUAAAUUCUCGAGGACUUUUCUCAGAUAAUUAAAGGAAUGUACAUAGAGCAUAGUUGUACAAGAUAAAUAUGGGAAAACUAAUUAAUAGUUUAUACUAAAGGAACAUUUUGGAUUAAAGUUUAAACAGUCUUCGUGACUGCAACAAAAACUACCGAUAUUUAUCCAAGUUUGCUGUCAUAAUGGGAGUGCAGCCUACUGUGUGUUAUAGUGCUUCUUGCCACUUGUUCAUAAUACAGACCUCUGCCUCACUACUACUAUGCACUCAUAGGUAUCAUCUAGGGUAUAACAAAUGCCAACAAUAAUAAUGAAACGUGUAAUCUUUUUCAGAUAUUGAUAAUCCUCUGGUAGGAUAUGAAUUAGUCAUUUGUGUCAAAGCUACAAAUACUGUAUUGUGGAUUAAUGUCGGGUGAAGAAAUCUACCUCUUAAAAAAUUAGUACUUUUGACAACUUACUGUUAAUCUAUAAUAUAUAUUUAAAAAUUGUUUAUAUUAUUUGGUGGUGGCCAUUUGUUAUAAAACUCUUGAGAGUUUAAUAUAUUUGAUAUCGGUGUUAAUUUAGCUUUAAAACUGAUGGAAAAAUAAAUUUAAAAGGUAAGUAAUUUUACCUUACCUGUAUUUUUACGAAACGUCAAUCUUCAACCCACUGAUUUUGUUUUAAAUGUCAGUGAGAGAUUGUAGAAGACCUAAAUUAUAUCCUCUGAAUUCACUAUAUCAAUUCUUCUAAUGGUUGUGCUUGUAAUUUUAAGUAUUUGGAUUAAAAUAAGCCCCUAAGUACAGUAAUUUAUAUUUAUAUAUAAACAUUGCAUCAACUGUUGCAAGGAAUGCAGUUUUUGAGAUGAAGUAUUGUACACAACUUUUUAUAAAUUAAAUGCAUUUCUAUAAAUGCAUUUGAAUAAAUCUAAAUCUGCAUUAUUUUCACUCAAGCAAUGAAUAUCCAAGAUUA